AAAACCCGCCCACAAUUCCCCAUAUCAUGUCAUGUUCGUGUCCUUCUUCCUUUUCCUUUUCCACAAGUUCUUGAAAGUGAUUGCAGUACCAUUUACUACUUUCUUUCUCUCCUCUUCUCAACACACGGAAAACAAAACAAAACCACCACAACCAAACCGAAACCCCUUUCAGUUCUCUGCAUUCUUCAAACACACACACACACACACAGAAUGGGUGACAUGUACCACUUUGACAAGAACCUCUCCUCACAAGACGAAAUCUCACUUUUUCUGCGUCAGAUUCUGCUCCGUUCAUCUUCACCUUCCCACUCCAUGCCUGCUGGAUCCUGCACCUCCAACGCUGCUCAACAAAACGUAAAUGCACACCACCCUUCUUUCACGGCGUCACAGCUCCAAGAUGGGAAGAUCUUGGCCGUUGAUUCCACCGCUUCUUUUGUCUCCGGUUCUGCUGCUUGCAGUUCCUUCAAGGGCCAUGGUGCUUCUGCUGCAAAUGUGUCUUCUUCUUCUGCUGGAGUGAGUGAGAACGAGAAUGAUGACUAUGAUUGUGAGAGUGAGGAGGGUGUUGAGGCUCCGGCCGAAGAAGUUCCAACAAAGGCUGCUUCUUCUAGGAGUUCAUCUAAAAGAUCAAGAGCUGCAGAAGUUCAUAAUUUGUCAGAGAAGCGGAGAAGGGGUAGGAUCAACGAGAAAAUGAAGGCUUUGCAAAACCUAAUUCCAAAUUCUAACAAGACAGAUAAGGCUUCAAUGCUCGAUGAAGCUAUUGAAUACCUUAAACAGCUUCAGCUACAAGUACAGAUGCUGUCAAUGAGAAAUGGGUUGAGUUUGCAUCCUAUGUGCUUUCCUGAAGGCUUGCAGCCUCUGCAGUUGUCUCAGAUGGGUAUGGAAUUAAGUGAAAGAAACAGGUUUACCUCUUUAAACAUGUCAGCUACUCUGCCUCUGCACCAAGACAACAAUCCCUUGCACUAUGCAUCCAAUCUACCUAACAAACACAAUCUCCCAAAUCAGCCAUCUGUGCCCUAUCCUCCAUACAUUGACAACCCAGAAACUUCUUUCGGUCUGGAACCCCGAAUCCAAACGGAUAUGAAACCUCUUCAACACAAAGGAGGAUCUUCUGAGCCAAUACGAGGGGAAGACAUUUUGCAGCACCAGCAAUCAAGUGGUAUCCAUUCAGAUGCCAAUACAUUAGGUGGUUCUCAAGUUGUCAAAGAAUUCGAAUCAGGCACGAGACUAUCAUUCCCUUUUGACACGCAAGCAUGUGAACCCAAAGACAACAGCAACUCUUCGCAACCAUGCAUUGGCGGAAGAGAUCAUUCAGGAGUGAUCAUAAGAAAUAGUGAGACCAACAUUGUUGGUAGGUAGGUAUAUGAUGCUUAUGUGAAUGAUAUGUAGCUAGGUUCGUGCAUGCAAUGCAACAUGUCUUGAAAAGCUUUUCACCAGAGACUGCAGAAGGGAGAAAGUGGUCAGUGGCAACUCGAAGACCGAAAAGUCAGAUUUUUGAAGUUUACUGCCAGUAAUGCCUUCUGAAUUUUGGUUUCGUAAAAGCAGGAAUCUCAAUAUUAUCCCUUGAGCAUUUUGUAAUGUUCUCAAAAAGCCUCUGGCCUACGUGACAUGAGAGCAGAUUUUUUUUUUUUUCUCUUUCUAGCUUCUCGAGUUGAUAAAAUUAUGUAUGUAUAAUGUAUGCAGAGAAUAUAACUACCCAUUGUUAUGCGGAUUAUAUAACCACUGUAGAAUAUCCUAUGGUGGUUUUAUUUCAGUUCACGAUAAAAACAAAUUGCCUA